CCUUUGACUCUAAUCCUGUUUUCAGUGAGGAUUUCAAAUGUAUAAACAGGAACCGUUUAGUCGCCGCGGUAGUUUGAGAUCCUUACGCAGUGCUCCUUUACUUAGUACCGUCUUAGAGAGCACCCUAUCCUUGACGCGCAUACACCCAAUUGCCUCAUUGGAAUUGCCCGGACUUGAUUAUGCCAUACAAUCGCAAUCGGCCAUAAUACAUGAGCGUCGUGAAUUGGGCACAUCCUUGCGUGGCAUAGCUACCAUAACCGCAGGUUCAACUGUUCCACCACCACAGACACGCUUGGGACCCCAGGCUUCAGUGAGGGAAACUAAGCGUAGCAAACAACCGCAACGAGCAUUAUCACGUAAACUAAAACCUCAUUUAGUUGCCGACACCGUCAAACAGUAUAUCAGUCGAGCGCAGCGGCCAGCCAAAGGAUCUCAAGAGCAGCAGCCUAACAUGGAGUUUUUACGUGGUGUUUAUGCGUUUAUGCAAGUGAGUAGAUCAUCGGUGGACUACCAUCAAGGAUAUGAAAGUAUAACAACAACUUCACCUUUGGCCGAAACAAACGCAAGCGAACAGCAAGCAACAGAAGUAACAACAAUAACAUCAGCUAGAGGAAUACACAACAACAAUAUAGCAUUGACGACGGCUUCAAGCAGCGCAAACAGCAACAGUAGCAACCGAAGGCUGGAAUCAUCAUCUCUUAAUACCAAUUCAGGAUUAGAGGAGAAAAAGAAACGUAGCUCUAGCAAGACUCCCCUCAAGAAAAUCAAAGAAUCUCUCACAGAAGAGGAGCAUCAAAGGCAACAAAAACAACAACAACAACAACAAACGCCAAAAGAUCAACUGCAAUAUCAUCAACAGAAAAUGCUGAACAAACGUAAACACCAUAAGCAACAGCAACAAUAACAAACUGAUUAAAUGUUAGCAAAAGCCAAACGAAGGAAAAAGAAGAAAAAACCCUCUAAUAAAGCGAAAAUAAGAAAAAGAACAUCACCAAGAACACGACGCAUAGGACGAAAUCAAAUAAUAUGUGAUCACUAAGUAUAAGGAUAAGCAAUACUACGUCUAUACAUACAUAUAAAUAGAGCUACCAUUAUAUAUUAAAUAAAAAAAGAAAAACACUCUCACACUCACAUUCACACAAUUUCAAAUCAAAAAGAAACGAGUCCUGAAAUCAAAUCAAAGUUUGGCUCUAACUUGCGAAACAGCGUUUAUACCCCAAAUAGAUGAACGUAAGAGAUACAAAAAAAAUCAAACCCUUCCUUUCCUAAGAAACAAAAUCGAAGACAAAAAAACCAACACAGGGAAACAGAGUGAGAUCUUUAUUACCAUAAAAAAGAGAAAUCAUUAACAAUAAACCUCCCCAAACCAAAAGGAGGCAAAUCACCAACACUUGGGCAAAGGAAGAAAACAUCCUUGCAGAAUAUAAAAGGAUAACUAAAUUGCCCCUCAACUAAGUGGGUUUUUGAGCUCUUAAUAUUACAAACGCUGGCUCAUCACAAAGCUAUUGCCCUGGCCUAGGAUAAAUAAAAGGCCCAAAAGCCACAACACCAAAACAACUAAAGGAAAAAGAAACUACUUUACUUUUAUAAAUAUUUAUGUACAAAGAAACCAAGAAUAAAAAAGAAAAGAAGUAGUUUGCAGCGUUCCGAAAAAACACAAAGGAAGUAAAACUAAAAAAAUUGUUGCAAAUAAAUUGUAUAUAUAACAAAACAAAUAAAAGGAUAAUAUAUACAUAUAUUUAUAUACAAAAGAACAAAAGCGAUUUUCCCUAAAAAAAUCUUGUAAUAUAAAAACGAAAAACUAAAAUAGCAGCUAAGCUACAGAAAAGCCAAACUCC